AUGCGCCUGCGCCUGCCCCAGUACGCCUCUCUCACUCCCCUCCCCCGUUCCUUCUCCCCGCUCCGUUCGUCAAAUCGUCUCUUGGGACGGGCGCCACGCACUCGGUCCACGCAGGAUCUGAAGGCACGCACUGCCUUUUCAGUUUUCGUUUCCUUUGCUUUUCUUGGCGACACGCAUCCAAGAAAAUCUGCAGAAAUCAGGCAAAUUGGGAUUUGGGCCCAAAUCUAUCCUGAUACAGUCAGUUGGUACUUGGUAGCUGAUUGGCCGCGUGAUUCGAGCGCCAAUAUUUGCCCAAUCAGUAGCCUCCGCUUGUUGAAAUCUUUGUCCGGUGUGGACUCGGUCAUUGAAACCCGUCGCCUGAUUACUUGGGUUGUUUUCCUUGCUGUUGAGCUUUGUGAUAUGAAGCGGCGAUUUGUUCAUUGCAUUUUGGAGCUUUUACUGCCUGGUGAACAUUCUGCUCUGAUGGCAAAGCAGUAUUACGCUACGAGCAGCCUCGUGGUUGGGUAUGCUCUGUGCUCGAGUUUGCUCUCAAUCAUCAACAAAUAUGCCGUGACAAAGUUUGGUUACCCUGGCCUCCUAACUGCUCUACAGUACUUGACAUCUGCCGCUGGUGUUUGGAUCCUUGGAAAGCUAGGCUUUCUCACCCAUGACCCCUUCAAAUUGGAGACUGCAAAAAAGUUUGCACCAGCUGCUCUUGUCUUCUACCUAGCCAUAUUCACCAACACAAAUCUCCUCUGCCAUGCCAAUGUAGAUACAUUCAUAGUUUUCAGAUCCCUGACCCCGCUUUUGGUUGCUAUUGCCGACACAACUCUCAGGAAGCAACCAUGUCCUUCAAAGUUCACAUUCCUAUCCCUUGUGGUCAUCUUGGGAGGAGCAGUUGGCUACGUGAUGACAGAUUCAGCAUUCAGCCUCACAGCAUACUCAUGGGCGCUUGCGUAUCUGGUGACCAUAACAACUGAAAUGGUGUACAUCAAGCACAUUGUGACAAACCUGGGGCUCAACACCUGGGGCUUUGUGCUUUACAACAACCUUCUUUCGUUGAUGCUGGCCCCGAUCUUUUGGUUCCUUACAGGGGAGCACAAGUCAAUCUUUGCAGCGAUGGAAUCAAGGGGCGAAGGCUGGUUUCACCUGGACGCCUUUGUAGCAGUGGCAUUGUCAUGCGUGUUUGGGUUGCUCAUUAGUUUCUUUGGUUUUGCAGCGAGAAGAGCUGUAUCAGCAACCGCAUUUACUGUGACCGGGGUUGUGAAUAAGUUCCUCACCGUGGUUAUCAAUGUCAUGAUCUGGGACAAGCAUGCAACUGCAUAUGGUUUGGUUUGCUUACUGUUCACUAUUGUCGGUGGAGUACUCUAUCAGCAAUCAGUUACAGUGAAAGGAAACAGUGCAGCGCAGCGUGAGCUGGUACCCGAACAACCUAAGGAGGGCAAUGGUAGCAAAGAGUUUGAUGAGGAGAAACAAAGAUUAGUUUCUUCAGCUAAAUAA